GAGCUGGAUGGCGUGGGACAUGUGCAGCCCGGACGCCGCCUGGACUGACAUCGAGUGUGCUGCUCUGGUUGGUGAAGACCAGCCCCUUUGCCCGGAUCUUCCCGAACUCGACCUCUCUGAACUAGACGUGAAUGACUUGGAUGCGGACAGCUUCCUGGGCGGACUCAAGUGGUACAGCGACCAACCAGAGAUCAUUUCCAAUCAGUACAACAAUGAGUCAUCAAAUAUCUUUGAGAAGAUCGAUGAAGAAAACGAAGCCAACUUGCUAGCAGUCCUCACAGAGACGCUGGACAAUAUCCCGGUGGACGAGGAUGGAUUACCUUCAUUCGACGCCCUGGCAGAUGGUGAUGUGACCAAUGAAAACGAUGCUAGUUCUUCACCAAUGCCCGACAGCGCUCCUCCAUCUCAGGAGGCAGAAGAGCCGUCUCUACUUAAGAAGCUCUUGUUGGCUCCAGCUAACACCCAGCUAAAUUACGAUGAAUGCAGUGGCCUCAGCACACACAAUCAUGCCAGCACCAAUCACAGGAUCAGAGCAAGCCCUAUGGCCAUUAAGACUGAGAAUUCAUGGAGCAAUAAAGCGAAGAGCGUUUGUCAACCGCCAAAGCCACAGAGACGCCCUUGCUCGGAGCUCCUCAAGUAUCUGACUACAAACGAUGACCCUCCACAGACCAAACCAACAGAGAACAAGAACAGCAACAGAGACAAGUGCACCUCGAAAAAGAAGGCCCUUUUGCAGUCUCAGACACAUCACUUGCAAGCCAAACAAAUGAGUUUAUCGCUUCCUUUGACGCCCGAGUCACCAAAUGAUCCCAAGGGUUCCCCAUUUGAGAACAAGACUAUUGAACAAACUUUAAGUGUGGAACUCUCUGGAACUGCAGGCCUAACUCCACCUACAACCCCUCCUCACAAAGCCAACCAAGACAACCCUUUUAGGACUUCGCCAAAGCCGAAGUCAUCAUGCAAGACUGUCGUGCCAUCUUCCAAAAAACCCCGCUGUAGUGAGUCUUCCAGCUCUCAAGGACCUAACUCGCUUCGGAAGGGUCCAGCACAGUCAGAGCUGUAUGCGCAGCUUAGCAAGACAACCGUUCUGUCUGCCGGCCACGAGGAGAGGAAGACAAAGCGGCCUGGUUUGCGGCUGUUUGGCGACCAUGACUACUGUCAGUCUGUUAACUCAAAAGCAGACGUGCGUAUCAACCUACCCCAGGAACUCCAGUAUUCUGGACAAGUAGAAUCACAAGGCUGCUUGCCUGGGUGGCAGUGUCAUAUUUGUUCUCCCUUUGACCCACUCAGCCAGUAUGGCAAGAGAGAGACUUCACAGGUGAGCAAGCAGGAUCCGCAGCACAACAACCGGAAACAGCUCCAAGACCAGGAAAUCCGGGCCGAACUCAAUAAGCACUUUGGUCACCCGAGCCAAGCGGUUUUUGAGGAAGAGACCACUAAGAGCAGUGGGCUGAGGGACAGCCAUUAUAGCGACGAACAAUUCUCCAGACUACCUAUGUUUAUAAAUUCAGGGCUGGUAAUGGAUGGCCUUUUGGAUGACAGUGAAGACGAAUGUGACAAACUGUGCUGCUCGUGGGAUGGAACGCAAACCUACUCCUUGUUUGAUCUGUCGCCUUCUUGCUCUUCCCUUAACUCUCCGUGCAGAGAUUUGGUAUCUCCACCCAAAUCCUUCCUUUCUCAAAGAUUCCAAAGGAUACGAUCUCGAUCAAGGUCCUUUCCUCAGCACAGGUCUUGUUCCCGUUCUCCAUAUUCCCGAUCGAGAUCAAGGUCACCGUGCAGUAGAUCCUCUUCAAGAUCUUCCUAUUAUCAAGAGUCUGGUCACUGUAGACCCUGGGCAUAUAGAAGUUCUCCCUUGUAUUCAAGAUCACGUUCCAGAUCACCAUAUAGCCGUAGACCCAGGUAUGACAGCUACGAGGAAUAUCAGCAUGAAAGGCUGAAGAGGGAAGAAUACCGCAAAGAGUAUGAAAAACGGGAAUCCGAAAGGGCCAAACAAAGGGAGAGGCAGAGGCAGAAGGCAAUUGAAGAGCGGCGCGUAAUUUAUGUCGGAAGAAUUGGACCUGACAUCACCCGAGCAGAACUGAGCGACCGGUUUGAAGUUUUCGGCGAAAUUGAGGAGUGCACAGUAAAUCUACAGGAUGAUGGGGAUAGCUACGGUUUCAUCACUUACCGCUACACCUGCGAUGCUUUUGCUGCUCUGGAAAAUGGAUACACCUUGCGCAGGUCCAGUGAGCCUGACUUAGAGUUGUAUUUUUGCGGACACAAGCAGUUUUGCAAGUCUAACUAUGCAGACCUAGAUUCAAACUCGGAUGAUUUUGAUCCUGCUUCUACCAAGAGCAAGUAUGAUUCGAUGGAUUUUGACAGCUUGCUUAAAGAGGCUCAGCGAAGCUUGCGAAGGUAACAUGCGUCA